AUGACCCCCCCAUCUCUACCAACCUCCCCGACAACGCCCUCGCGAAAGCGCAGGUCACUGCGCCUGUCCAACGUCGAAAUACAAUCCCAAGAUGCAACGUCCCCGAGUCCGUACACCAGUGGGACCACAAAUGGCACGGCGUACUCGAGGAGAUCAUCGCGAACAUCGCAGACCUCAUACCUGCCUCGGUCCCCAGUGACACCUCGCCCCAUGUCCUCCAAGUCUUCCAGACCUCCCUCAUUCUCCCAACAACGCAGACCGAGUCGGACGAGCAUAAAUAGCAACAGGAGUAUAGAACAGUACGGCGACGGCAACGGGCUGGGAAACUUGGCCGACGAGCUGGAGCAAGCUUGGGACGAGGAAGAGGAAGGAGAGGGUCACUCCAACUUCCUCGACGGUUUAAGAGAGGGCGAGGUAGACCAGGAUUCUUCGAUGAUGCGCGACCCGCGAAGCCCCUACGAGAUAAACGAUAUGCACGAUUUUGGAUUUGGGAUGGUCCUGCAGAGUCCGCAUAGCCAAUAUGACGGGCAAUCUCCCACGCUGCGCGUCCCCCAGCCUCGCCCGAAUUCACAAUCCCAAGAGAACAAAAAGUUAGGACACCAGAGACAAGAGUCCGCCUACGACGGCUCAGACUACGGACCAGAGUCAGAGGCGGAUCAAGAAGAGGAUGCCAUCCCACCGAUACUACGAAAACGAAUCCGCGACAUCGAGAACCUCACGCGCAUGUGCGUCAAUCCCGAAGACGCAGUCAGCGAAGGCGGUGGCACUGUCCGGCGAGUCAUUCAUGGCUUGAAGGAUCUCGGUCCACAGGCCAACAUCGAGUACGGGGUCACCCGGCUGAUCACGGCAUAUACAUCGAUGGCCUCUCACCGGACACACAAGACCCGAGAUUUGUUCACCCAGUCACACUCGCUCAUGUAUGGGGGAACUUUGUGGCAGCUACCUGAGGAGAUGAUCGACUUACUCCUUGAUGAUAUUACCAGUUUAUCGUCGACCCUCCCUUUCCUUCGUCCGCAAAAUCCAUUGCUGUCCCUCCAAAUCCUGGCCUCACAGACCGAAGAACUGUCGCACACCCUCCGCUCCUUGACCGAUCUGCUCCAGGAAUCCCGUCUUGCUGCCAGUGCCGCGACGAGAAAGCUCAAAUCGGUCCGUGAUAUGGUGGAGGACAUGUCGCUGGACGAAGAGCUGGUGGAGAACAGUAUCCUCUUGAUCCAGGCUGGGGAUUGGGAUCGCAGGUGUCGGGAGAGGCAGGCAGCACGAACAUGUCAAGAGGUCUGCGAGGGGUUUGCAGACCGAUGGGGGUUGCAAUGCGAUGUGGAUUUAAUAUCGCUGGCUGAGGGCAGGAAGCAGCCUGCCCCGGUAUUGGUAUCUGGAUAG